GGUCGUUCAGUAUAAUAUACUAAUGACUUGCGCUCACCUAGUCAUAAUGGGGCCAACUAAAGAUAAAGCCCGAGUUAAGCUUGAUAAAGGAGCCAUUUAUAUGCCCAUUUCAAUCAAUAUAUGUCGAGGUUGUAUUGAGAAUACUAAGAACAAGGAACAAAGUCAUGUUGUCUCCCAAGUUGAUUCUGCUAGUUCCACCAGUUCUGCUUGUUCUAGUUCAGACCUGAAGAAACAAAGAGAAAGAGUCAAGCAAGGUCGAGUGACCAAAAAAGAUGUUAAAAAGAAAUUGAAGACUAAAUACAUACUAAAGAGACGCAAACAAGAAGAAUUAGCUGUGAAAGAUGUUUUGCCAAAAUCCGAAUCAUGUCCUAUAUUGCCCGAAAAUGAAAGAGAUACUUCAAACCAAGAGAGUGUCGACACCGAGUCAAGUGCUUCGUUAUUAGUUCAUACAGGUCUGCAACCGGUCCAAGAGAGUCAAGUACACUGUGUUGAUCCUUCUAAGGAAAACUGCUUCCAACCCGUGACAGAACCUCAGUCUGGAGGACAAGACAAACCUACAGCUCAUGAUAAAGCCUCUGGGUUACGAGGUUUUGUAAAGAACUAUCAGAUAUGCAGAGUUAGCUAGACUUGUGAGCCUUUUUGCUAAAGAACUAAAGAGGAAAAGUACCUAACAAUGGAUAGUUAUAUUUUGAAAGGAGUUUUUGUUUAGUGCCGCAUCCUAAUAAAAG